UUGCUACGUCACAACAUCAGGCUACAGUCUAAUGCUGACAGCAGUGCUGUUGUACAUAUUCCAACACUUCUGCCUUACACAGUUCCAUGAAAAAGUAUAUGCCCCCUUCUGAUUUUCUCUUACUGUUACAUUUUUGUCAGACUAAAUGGUUUGAGGUUCUCAUACAGAAUGUAAAAUAAGGCAAGGAGACCAUGAGGAAGCACAGUUUUUAAAUGAUCAUUUCCAGUACUGAAGGAAAAUAUGUUUUGCAACACCUUUACCACCUCAAUAACCGGAUGUGACACCUUUAGCAGCAGCAACUGCUUCAUUUGUUUCAUUUCAUCUCUGCAAAAACCCCCAAGAGAAAAUCUGGUCAAUUCUGUCUACAAACUGCUGAAGGCUGUGAAUACAGUUUCCUUCAUGAACACACGUUCUGCAGUGAGACGUUUGUGGUGAGCAGAGCGCGUCUGCAGGUCUCUACAGCAUUUAAAGGCACAGCAGAGUGACAGAUAAAGCCAAGAAAUCAAGGUGGACAUAUAUAGCUAGCUAACUCACUGUACUUACGGAGAGCUUCAAGGCUGCAGGAGAUCAAAGAGAAAAAUGAGGGUUUUGCUCACUGUCGCCAUUCUGGUGGUCGUGGCCGGUGCUACUAGCAUCUCUCUGGAGGAUCUGGAGUUCCAAGCCUGGAAACUGAAGUUUGGUAAGAGUUAUGGUUCAGUGGAAAAAGAGUCUCAGCGUAAGAUGAUCUGGCUGGACAAUCAUAAGCUGGUCUUGAAGCACAACAUACUGGCUGACCAGGGCAUCAAAAGCUACAGACUUGGCAUCAACCGCUUUGCAGACAUGGACAACCAGGAGUACCAGCAGAUGUUGAAGGGCUGCCUGGGAUCCUUCAAUGAGACAGAGAUCGAUAAUGCAACUACAUUCCUCCAACCAGUAGAGGGCACUGCUCUUCCAAAAACUGUAGACUGGAGGGCUGCAGGCUAUGUGACUGAGGUUAAGGACCAAUGUCAUUGUGGUUCCUGCUGGGCCUUCAGUGCGACGGGUGCGCUCGAGGGUCAGAUGUUCAAGAAGAAAAAGAAGCUGGUAAGUUUGAGUGAGCAACAGCUGGUGGACUGCUCCUGGAGUUCUGGAAACCAUGGCUGUACCAGUGGUUUGGCAUACAAGGCCUUUGAGUACAUCAAGUCCAGUGGAGGCCUGGAGAAAGCAAGCACCUAUCCAUAUCAAGCCAAGGCAGGGCUGUGCAGGUUUAAAAAACAGAAAGCUUGGGCUAAGUGCUCUGGCUAUGAAAAGGUGAAGCCCACAGAAGAUGCUCUGCAGCUCGCCGUGGCCACAAUUGGACCUAUUUCUGUAUCUAUAAAUGCCGUCCCACACAGCUUCCAGCUCUAUGAGUCAGGUGUGUAUGAUGAGCCAGACUGCAGCAACACUAAAGUGACUCAUGCCGUCCUAGUUGUUGGUUACGGCACUGACGCACUCAAAAAGGACUACUGGCUGGUCAAGAACAGCUGGGGUGUAAACUGGGGUGAAAAGGGCUACAUCAAGAUGUCCAGGAACAAGAAUAACCAGUGUGGUAUUGCCACAAGAGGCUCCUACCCUGUGGUUUAAAGGUAUAACUUCAUUACAGGG